GGGAUGUCCACCGCUGUCCAGUUUCACUCUGUUUCUUUCCGCCAUGUUCAGGCACCCUUCUAUUUUCCGACCGCCCUCCGCCAGAGAACGGGAUUGGCGACAACCGCCGCCGCCUCAGCAAUCAUACCCACAACCUCUAAACUCCAAUUUCUCUCUCCAAAACCAAAACCAAAACCAAAACCCCACCAAUUCAUCCUAUAUUUAUCCUCAAAACCCCGCCUUUGCCCCCAACCUUGCCCACAACCCCAAUUUCCCUAAUUUUAUAUUCCAAAACCCUAAUUUCCCAAUCCAAACCCCUAGCUUCCCGCUCCAAAACCCUAUUUUUAAUCCCCUACAGCUUCCAAAUCCAACGUUUCAGCCCCAGACCUCUUCUGAGAACCCGAAACCCAAUGUCGAUCCUCAACAGCUCCCAAAUUCUGCGUUUCGGCCUCAGACUUCAUGUGAGAACCUGAAAGAGAUGCUGGAGAGGAUCGAUCGGGCAGUCGAAAAGGCUCGCGGUGAUUUUGUGGCGGCAGGAAGGAGCGUCUCGGCGUGGAAGGUGUUACAGUCUGCGCUUGUGACGCUCAAGGUUGAUGACUGGAGCUUUCUUCUCGGGCUUCAAAUGCAUCAAGUCCCUUCUCUUCACCGCCUCAUGCUCACCGAAGGCAGGAUAAGUUCAUUUAUCCAUUGCUUUGUUCUGGCUCGAAGAAUUACAUCUUUGUAUGAUUUGGAACUUGCAAUCUGCAAGAAUGAGGAUAUUGAGGAGUUUGAAGUGCUGGGAUUGGGCCCUUUGUUCCGUCACCCCCUUGUUUUGCAUUAUUUCCCAGUGAGUUCUGAUACAACUGAAGUGUUUAAGAUAACUAGCGAGGAGAUACUAUGUUUACUCACCUUCUAUCAAGAACAUAAACGUAAAGUCUCUGUUGAAGAAUUUUUGGAUUAUAUUGUUAAGAGGCGAUCAGUUGCAAGCAAGGAAAAUAUCGGAAUUCGAAUUUGUAGCUUGGGGGUGCACGUUUCUUCUAUUCGGAAAGGCAGGAAGUUAGAACGUGCCGCUCUAAUUAAAUCUCAAGAGCAAGUUAGAAUGCGCCGCUAUAAGAAGAAGGCACCAAUUCUUACCUCAUUGAAUGAGCAGCUAGACAAGCAUUUCUGUGACAUUUCUCAGCAUGCUGAAUUGUUUUCUGUUGUACAAAAGGAAUUUUGUGGCAAGAAAGAUAGAUUUGUUUCUUCAAGUUCAAAGGAUGGAGGUGGUAAGGAUUUUUUACAUGAAGAUGACAAAGAUAAAGGUCAUACAUUCACCGAGGUUAACUUUUCGUUACAAUCUGCUAAAAUUUCGGACCAAGUGAGUAACUCUACUUACGUCUCUGCAAUAGAAGAGAGACCUUUGCACGGAACAAAUCACCCUUCUCCAGCUUGUGGAACCCAAAGGCAUAAUGAGGGUAAUGGGUCCGUAAAAAAGAAAAGAAAGUGCGAAAAUCUAAGCAGCCCCAUCUCUGUCCCCCAAAAAUUACGAAAGAGAGACAAGGUAGAACAUGAUGUUCUUUUUACUAAGAAUGACCAUGAAACCGAGGAGGACAGUAGUAUGAUUAAAACUGAUCUUUCAGUUUCCAAUGAUUUUUUGAGGAAGUUUAUUACAACUUGGAAGGAUGCAUGUAAGGAGCAGACUGUGACUGAGGUACUUUGGAGCAUGCUUCAGUGUUAUGAUAAGAGGACGAAAAAAAUCAGCAGAAUGUUUGCUUCAGACCCAUUGAUUGGAUUAUUGAAUGUUGCUGUCUCAUCUAUCAAAUGUGGAAUGUGGGAUAGCAUGUAUGAUACAUCCCAAUCCAUUGGCCAACACGAAUUAAGUAGAACUUCUACUGAUAAAUAUUCUGAAUAUUUGAACACAGAUGUUGAACCAAUUAUUAAGGAUGCACCGCCAGUCAUUACUGAACAUGUUACCCAACAUACUCAGACCUCACAGUGCCUAGAGCAGGAUCAUCAACGUCGUCAGAGAAUUCAUGGAUGUCGUCAGAGAGUGCUCACCAUGGAUUAUGACAAUGUUGUGGCAGCCUCACACUGCCUGGAGCAGGAUCAUCAACGUCGUCAGAGGAUUCAUGGACGUCGUAAGAGAGUGCUCACCAUGGAUUAUGACAAUGUUGUGGCAGCCUCACGCUGCCUAGUGCAGGAUCAUCAACGUCGUCUGAGAAUUCAUGGACGUCGUCAGAGAGUUCUUGGUAAGCCAGUCCGGUGUAUGCAGAAGAUAAUCCAAAAGAGUGAGAAAAAGAACACGGGCAAAGGCUCAUCCAGAGGAUCUCCUCUUGAAAAAAAAGUCUGCUAUCUGUGUGGUCAAGUUGGACACGUUCACAAGAACUGCUUCCAACAGACUGGAUCAUCUUUGGCCCCAAAGGAUCCCUUGGAAUUGGUUCAGCACCCAGCUCAGUCAAACAGAUAUGUUGGGAAAUUUCCAGUUCAUCCCCAGCCACAACAGAGUAUGAACAGAGCACCAAUGCCACAGAACAGUGGAUGCGAAUUUGUAGCAUGUGGACCUGCAGGUGGUCAAGUAGCCGUUGCUGGAGAAGCGAUGGAAGAGAAAGUCAAUGCUGUGGUAGAUGGUGUGUCAGUUGAAGACAUAAUCAGGAAAGUUGCUACAUAUUUUGAAUUUGAUCAUGGAAUGUGCAUCAGCGGUGAGCCACUUCAGGAGAAGAUAUUUAUCUUCUUGAGAAAGCUUUGCAAUUGUGAAAUUUGGUUGGUUGAAGAAUUUCGUGUAAAGGAAUUUAGGUCCCUUGGUUUUGGGGAAUUUCUAAUGUUUUUAGAAAAAUAUGCCUGUCUACUUCCACGUGAGCUGUGCAAGUUCUUGACUGGUGACGGAAGUGAAAAGUGUCCUUUGGAGGUUUGCAUGCUCCAGCAUUAUUUGAUUGUGUUAGUUUCGCAAGCUAUAAAUAGUUUAUGGGAAGAUGAAGAAAUUAGCAAACUAAAUAUUCCAUUACUGCUUAGGAAGCAGUUUCCAUUGAUUAGUUUCCAAACCAUUGAAAAUAGUUCUGUAGAAGAUUUUCUGAGUAUAGUGGAGAAGCAUAAAAGCACUGCAAUUUCCAAACGUAUUCUAUUUUCAAUGACAUUAUAUGGAACUAGUUACCCGAUAGACUCAUCAAAGCACUCUAAGAAAACGAAAACCCAUGAAUCUGUAACCUCCAAGGAUGCAAUUCAAGUCCUACUCAGAGCUCCAAUGAUGUUGGAUUUAAACUUAUGGUCACAUUGGGACCUCUUGUUUGCUCCCUCUCUUGGUCCACUUGUACUAUGGUUAUUGAAUGAGGUCAACACUGAUGAACUGCUGUGUUUGGUGACAAAGGAUGGAAAAGUGAUUCGGUUAGACCAUUCAUCUACUGUAGGUUCAUUCUUGGAAGCUGCUCUUCAAGGAUCGUCUUUCCAAACAGCAGUGAAAAUGUUAUCUCUGUUCUCACUAUCUGGGGGAGAAAAACAUGUCCCAGUGUCCCUUUUGAAAUUUCAUCUGCAGCAUGCAUUUGAAGUCAUUUUGAAGAAUCAUCUUCUGGAAGUAAAAGUCAGUAAGAAUUUUCUUAAUCAAGAAAAAGAUUUUUCUGGAAAGCAAAUGGUUUGUGAAGGUUCGACAAGUAAAUUAUGUAAUGAGUUACACAGGGACCUAACUCGGAUGAAUAUCGGUGAAUCAGUUUUAUCAAGAUUUGUCAUUGAUUGUCUUGGCUAUCUACCUGCAGAGUUUCGUAGUUUUGCUGCCGAUGUAUUGCUUUCAGGGAUGCAAUCUGUUUUCAAACAUGCUGCUUCAGCCAUUUUGGGUGAGUGCAAGCAAACAGAGCAGCGGCUCAUGCUUCAUGAAGUUGGCUUAUCUCUUGGUAUAAUAGAAUGGAUUGAUGAUUUCCAUAAAUUUUGUUCCUAUGAUGCUGCUGAUUCAUUCAUUUCUGGGUCGUCAUGCUUCGCUGUUAGGCAUAAAACGGGGUCAGACUCAAAGUAUAUGAAAGAUGUGUCAGAUAAGCUUGCCGCUUAUGAAGGGACUAUGAGUGCAUCUGUUAUGGAAGACAAGCAAAAAGAUGAAUGUACUGAAGCCUGUCUAAAGAUUAGUUGUGCAGAAGCUUCCGAAGCUACAAUUGUCAGUGGCUACCCAGAGCAUUAUGCUGAACUUAAUGAACUGGAAGAUCGAGUGCUGGUAAUCGAGUCAAUUAGGAGAGAUGAAUUUGGUCUAGAUUCAAGCCUGUCAAAUGUUGAAAGUAUCAUCCUAAAGAAGCAGCACACUCGGUUAGGCCGAGCUCUGCAUUGCCUUUCGCAGGAAUUGUAUUCUCAGGAUUCCCAUUUUCUUCUUGAGCUGGUUCAAAACGCUGAUGAUAAUACCUACCCAUCAAAUGUAGAACCAACUCUAACAUUCAUUCUUCAAGAUUCAGGUAUUCUUGUUUUGAAUAAUGAACGGGGCUUUUCUGCCCAGAACAUUAGGGCACUAUGUGAUGUUGGAAAUUCAACCAAGAAAGGAUCUAAUGCUGGAUACAUAGGGCAGAAGGGCAUUGGUUUCAAAUCAGUUUUUCGGGUUACAGAUGCUCCAGAAAUACAUUCCAAUGGUUUUCAUAUAAAGUUUGAUAUAAGUGAGGGUCAGAUUGGUUUAAUUUUGCCCACAGUUGUACCUCCUCGCAAUAUUGACUUGUUUAGCAGCCUGACAUCUAUUGACAAUGAUAAACGGGAUUGUAACAGCUGGAACACUUGCAUUGUUCUUCCUUUCAGAUCAAAAGUAUCAGAUGGAACUGUCAUGAUAAACAUAAUUAAUAUGUUUUCAGAUCUUCAUCCAUCUCUACUGCUCUUUCUCCACCGCCUCCAGUGUAUAAAGUUUAGAAACUUGCUCGAUAAUACCCUUACAGUCAUGAGAAAAUAUAUUGUGGGAGAUGGUAUCGUUAAGAUUUCAUGUGGAAAAGAGAACAUGACAUGGUUUGUAGUUUCUCAGAAAUUGCAAGCAGAUUUCAUUCGUACUGAUGUACAGACAACAGAAAUCUCAAUUGCAUUUACUUUGAAGGAAUCAGAUAAUGGUGAUUACAGUUCCGAUCUAAUCCAACAGCCUGUUUUUUCAUAUCUACCUCUCAGAACAUAUGGACUGAAAUUUAUUCUUCAGGGUGAUUUUGUUCUUCCUUCAUCUAGAGAGGAAGUAGAUGGAGAUAGUCCCUGGAACCAGUGGCUGUUGUCUGAAUUUCCUGAUUUGUUUGUCAAUGCAGAGAAAUCAUUUUGUUCUCUUCCAUGUUUUAAAGAGAAUCCCGGGAGAGCUGUGACAGUCUAUAUGUCCUUUGUUCCGCUUGUGGGUGAAGUGCAUGGUUUCUUUUCUCCUCUUCCGCGAUUGAUUACUGCAAAAUUACGAGCAUCGAAUUGCUUACUCAUGGAAGGGGGAAAUAAUGAAUGGGUUCCUCCUUGCAGAGUCCUAAGAGGUUGGAAUAAACAGGCUCGUUUGCUUCUCCCUGAUGCCUUACUGCGUGAGCAUCUUGGCCUUGGGUUCUUGGAUAAAAAUAUACUUCUGCCGGAUCCGCUCGCAAGAGUUCUAGGUAUUAGUGAGUAUGGACCCAAAGUUCUGCUUCAACUUAUGGACUCUUUAUGUCAUAAACAAAAUGGCCUCAAAUCAAUGGGACUGAGUUGGCUGGCCACCUGGCUAAGUGCACUUUAUGCAAUGUCAUUCAGUUCUUCUGUCGAAGCUUCAUUUGAAUCGGGAAUAGAAAUGGAAUUCAUACAUACCCUUCGAAAAAUUCCUUUCAUUCCUCUUUCAGAUGGUACAUACGGUGCAGUGGAUGAAGGCCCAAUUUGGUUACAUUUUGAUGCCUUAAAGACUGAGUUUGAGGGUCAGCAUGGACUCGAGUCUUUUCCUGAUUUGUAUGCUAAACUUCGGAUUGUAAAUCCUGGCUUUCUCAUUGCAUCAUGUGCUGAUGUGCCAUCCAUGGAUGUGACGACAUCUGACAAAGUUACAAGUAUGCUUCGUAGGAUUGGUGUCCAACAGUUAUCCGCACAUGAAAUUAUCAAGGAGCACAUCUUGCCGGAUAUAUCUGAUGACAGGUUUACGGACAGUGAUAAGAAUUUGAUGACUGAUUAUAUUUGCUUUGUAAUGGUUCACCUACAGUCGGACUGCUAUGAUUGUCGUUCUGAAAGGGAAUACAUAAUCUCAGAACUAGGAAACAAAGCAUAUAUAUUAACAAAUGGCGGCUUUAAACGACCAGCUGAAGCAUCAAUUCAUUUCAGUAAAGCAUUUGGAAACCCAUUUGACAUAAAUAAAUUGAUUGAUGGAGUGGAUCUGGUUUGGCAUGAGGUUGACAUCUCCUAUCUGAAGCAUCCUGCCACCAGAUCACUCCCAAGUGGACUGAUGAAAUGGAGGGAUUUUUUCCAGAAAAUUGGUGUUACAGAUUUUGUGAAAGUAGUUCAAGUUGAGAAAGGAAUCAGUAGUUUAUCCGAUGCUUUAUUGAAUGAGUUGAUGUUCAAUAAGGACAUCAUUUCCCUUGGAUUGAAUGCCACUGAUUGGGAGUCACCUGAAUUAGUCCAGUUAUUGACCCAAUUAUCCAGAGAUGACGACAAAAAAGGUUGUGAGUAUCUCUUAGAGGUUCUCGAUACAUUAUGGGAUGAUUGCUACAGUGAUAAAACAAUAGGUUACUGCAUUUCUAAAUCUGUAGCUGAUAGAUGGCCCUUCAGAUCUUCAUUUAUAAGCAGUAUCUGUGAUGUGCAAUGGGUAGUAUCAACAAUGGAUGAUGAACUUCACUAUCCAAAAACUUUGUAUCACGGCUGUCAUGCAGUGUGCUCGAUUCUGGGUGCAUCUGCUCCAUAUUCUGUUCCAAAGGUGAGAAGUGGAAAGUUUGCAAGUGAUAUUGGGUUUAAGACAAGAAUCUCUCUUGGCGAUGUUCUUGAGAUUUUGAAACUCUGGAGGUGUGAGAAACCAUUCAGGGCCAGCCUAGCACAAAUGUUCAAAUUUUACUCAUUAGUUUGGAAUGAAAUGGCUCCUUCAAAGCAGAUAAUUAUGGACGAGUUCCAUUCUGGACCUUCCAUAUUUGUUCCAUAUCAAUCUGGCUUCAGUCACGAGGAUGUGGUGUCUGGUGUAUUUUUGUCCCCUGAAGAAGUAUAUUGGGAUGAUUCCUCUAACUUUAUCAAGGCGGUCCGUCCUGAGUGCAGCUCAACAGCUGUCAAUCACAUCCCCUUAAAUAAGAUGCUUCGUAAUAUCUACCCAGGCCUUCAUGACUUCUUUGUUGGUCACUUUGGAGUACAUGAGACCCCACCUUUUCGGAGCUACCUUCAGAUUUUGUUAGAUUUAACAAAUGUUGCUUUGCCUUCACAAGCAGCUAAUGCUGUUUUUCGAGUUCUCCUCAAAUGGACUGAUGGGUUGAAGUCAGGAUCAAGUGCUGAAGAUAUUCUUUAUCUGAAAGGGUCUCUUACGAAGAUUGAAUGCACGGUGCUUCCUACUGUGCAAGAUAAGUGGGUUUCUCUACAUCCUUCCUUUGGAUUUGUCUGCUGGUGUGAUGAUUUGAUGUUAAGACAGCAGUUUAUGCAUUUGGAUGGCGUUCAUUUUUUAUACUUCGGUGAAUUAAGUCACGAUGAUGUAGAGAUGCUAUUUAAGAAAGUUUCCAUUCUCUUGAAAGCUUUAGGGAUUCCUGCACUUUCAGAGGCUGUAACUCGUCACACAAUAUUUUCUGGUCUGGGAGAUUGUAGCUUUAAAGCUGCAUUGCUGGAUUGGGCUCUUCCAUAUGCACAACGCUACUUACAAAGUGUACACCCUGAUAAAUAUACACAACUCAAGCACUUUGGAUUUGAUAUAGUAAAUCGUCUACAAGUAGUAGUUGUUGAAAAGCUGUUUUAUCAGAACGUUAUAAAGAGUUUCGGAAUUAAAUCCAAGAAGAGGCUAAGAUGUAGCUGUCUGCUGCAGGGUAGCACAUUGUAUACGACCCAAGAGCCAGAUUCACACGCAUUUUUUGUGGAGCUAUCACGUUUGUUUUUUGACGGAAUUCCAGAAUUACACUUGGCAAAUUUCCUUCAUAUGAUCACAACCAUGGCUGAAUCAGGUUCAACUGAGGAGCAGACAGAGUUUUUUAUCUUGAACAGCCAAAAGGUGCCGAAACUUUCUGGCGGAGAAUCUGUUUGGUCCCUGCCAUCAAUGCGUUCAUUGACAGACAAUUACAAGUCACUCCAAAGUAGUGUAACUUCGACAGAAAUAAAUGAGGAAAGCUGUUCAAAAUCCAAAAGGAAAGCAAUAAAGUGGCCACCUGUUGAUUGGAAAACUGCACCGGUUGCACAGUUUAGCAGUGCCUUGGAAAAAGAAAUGUGUGAUGAUUCUCGUGGCAUUAUCGGACAGUUGGAUGAUUUGACUCCAGGUUCAGUUGACAUUAAUUGGACCAUUGAAGAUGAUUCAGCAACGACAUCUGCGGCUUUAGUUAUGCCAGACUCCAAUGAUCUGCAAGAACAUUAUGGCGCAGCUUGCAAUGAGACUGACAAUAGAAUGCGUAUUGAAUUUGAUCCUUUUAACUUAGGUUUUGUUUCUGACCCUCCUGAGAUGCGUUCGUCUAGUUUUAGCCAAAGAGACCAACCUAGACAUGCUGGUACAUCCAGUGGAAGAGAUGGAAGAGAUGCGAUGCUGACCGGGAGACUAGGUGAGCUUGUUGCUUUUAAAUACUUGAUAGCAAAAGCUGGAAAGUCUGUUGUGAAGUGGGUCAAUGAAUGUAACGAAACCGGGCUUCCCUAUGACAUAGUUAUAGGGGAGAAGGAAGAUAGUACCGAGUUCAUUGAAGUUAAAGCAACCCAGUUCCGGACAAAAGACUGGUUUCGCAUAUCAAUGAGGGAGUGGCAAUUCGCAGUUGAAAAAGGUGAAGCUUUCAGCAUUUUGCAUGUCAUUUUGUUGGGUAAUAAUGCUGCAAGGGUCUCGGUAUACAAGAACCCUGCGAAAUUGUGUCAGUCGGGCAAGCUGCAUUUGAAUCUUUCGAUGCCUAAGCAUCACAAGGAAUUAUUCCUGCUGUCGUGAACGGUGCUUCAUAGGCCAGCCCCCAUGUGACUGAUCGGCUUUGGGCUGCAUCCAAAGUUCAGUUCAGCAGGUACAGGUUUUAAUAGCAUGUGUAGAUACAAGAACAGAAAGGUACAUAGUGAUCUCUGCUCUGCUUUGGUACAAUUGCAGCAGCUAUGCUUUUAUACAACUACAUAUUGAGUUGCUGCUCUCAUUUGACCAGAUUUUAUCGUAUCUGUGUCAUAUCCUACCGAUGUGCUAGUCCGGUUGGUUUGCUGGAAUUUGCGUUGCAGCAACUACGAUCAGGCGUGCCACGAUAUACUAACUCUAGCAGGACUUGUUAUGGUUCAGUGAAGAAUCGAGUCGCUGUUGUAUGUAUAAUGAUAGAUUCUGGGAGAUGUGUGUAUAUAUGUACUUGAAGAAAGAACUAACUUAUGUAGUUGCUUUUCAUAGGUAUCAGCUCAGUCAAGACAUAUUUGUACAUUAUACCUGAGAUUUUAUAAAAUACUAGCUUCUUGUCACACGAUUACAUGGCAAUUGGCCCUUUUUAUUGUUUUA